AUGGCGGCCGAGAGCGUAGGCCUGGCAGCCUCGGCUGCCGGCCUGCUAUCUCUAGGCUUGCAGAUCACCGGUGGCAUCGUCAAAAUGCCAAUCUGGGGGAUGGACGCCUUCGAGGGCCGUGACGAAGAAUUACGAAACGUUAAGAACCAGAAUGCCAAUCUGGGGGCCACACUCCAUGCAAUAAAAACGGUGUUGGCUGGUCUACAAGGCCAAAGUCCUGCAGUCGCUGCUGCAGUAGAUCAGAAUAUACGAAGCUGCGAGGAGGAUCUCCGUGCCCUCGAAGCUCUAUGCAUUGAGCUUUCUGAUCACGCUGGCAGCAGCUGGACAAACCGGCUGGAGAACAAGAAGAAGAAAGUGACUUUUGCGUUCCAUCGACCCAAACUCCGAGACCUUGAGCUGCAGCUGCAAAAGGCUCAUGGUGCUCUGCAGUUGAUACAGGGUAGCUUAGGACUGAACACAGCUCUGCUGGCAGCUAUCGAGUCGAGUUCUCGCGACCAAGCUUCCGAAAUGCUCCUAGUCCGGUCAGAAGUAGCAGCAUUUGCUACGCCUAUAGCUGGCAUCCAUGACAAGCUACCAGAUCUACAAAGCAGUGUGGAUCAGACAAGGCAACUCAUCGUGGCUCAUUCCGGAGCUAUUGAAAUCGAGGUUCACGAGAGCAGCCGGCGUGUCCGAUAUGACCUUCAGCAUUCACACAACUCGAUUGUAGAGCAUCUCAAGACAAUCGACCACAAAGUACAGCUUCUGGGAGAAGAGAACAGUUUUCUACGAGCAUUAGCUCUCAGAGCGGCCUCCAAGCCGGCGGUACUCAAGAGUUUGAAGCAACGACUCAAGGCAAGCUUAAAGUACACCGGUGUCUCUCGUCUUCUGAAAUCAGUCAUUGAAAUUUCGUUUGCUUUGACGUGGGGAGCUGGGGGCGGCAGCAUCAGUCCCGGCUUUACUUACUAUCCGACUGCUGACGUCAACUCGGAUCCCGCUUUCCGCUUGAUCAGCUUGAUGCGGAGAAGCUAUCCUGUGCGGGAUGUGCGGAAUGGGGAACGUUUUAUCAUCGCUUGUCUAAGGAAGCUGGCAAAACUUCUUGAAGAAAGACGAACUUACCCUACUGUUGUAGACGGCCGAAACAGGACCUUGAUGCACCAUGCUGCUGCUUCAGUGCAAUAUUGGCACAAACCUCAUUUUUUGGAAUCGAAAUUCCGAAGAUCGUCCAAGGAGCUGAACACGGUUGCCAAGAUCGUCCCAGUUCUGCUCUCGUAUGACGUUCCAGCCUUUUCAUACGACAUAAGCGGCAAGCCUCAUUACUUGGUCACGUAUACAGAAUUGCCAAAUCGCUGA